AUUCCAUACCUCAGCCAACCAAACCCCUCCAAAAAGGACAGAGAAAAUGAUGGUGAGCACAGCCAACCUGUGGUCACUGGAAGAUGUGCUUGGGCAGGGGACCACCGCCAGCAUCUAUAAGGCCCGCAACAAGAUGACAGGGCAGCAGGUCGCAGUGAAGGUGUUUAAACUGAUGAGCUACAGUCGUCCGUACAAGGUUCAGAUGAGAGAGUUCGAGAUGCUCAGGAGACUCAACCACAACAACAUCGUCAAGCUCUUCUCCGUGGAGGAGGUGAGGAUGGGAGGAGAGGAACUGAGGAGUAAACAGAGGGUGUUGGUGAUGGAGUAUUGUUCAGGAGGCAGUCUGCUCAGUCUGCUGGUGGAGCCAGAGAACGCCUUCGGUCUACCAGAACUAGAGCUCCUCAUAGUACUACAUUGUGUGGUGCACGGGAUGAACCAUCUGCGUGAAAACAGGGUGGUGCAUCAAGAUAUUAAGCCUGGGAACAUCAUUCGUCAGGUGGGAGAGGACGGGAGGUCCAUCUAUAAGCAAACAGAAUUUGGAGCGGCCAGAGAACUAGAGGACGAUGAGAAGUUUGUCUCCCUCUACGGGACAGAGGAAUACGUGCACCCAGACAUAAAUGAGUGUGCAGUGCUGCGGAAACCCCAGCAGAAGGCCUAUGGUGUGAGUGCUGACCUGUGGAGUAUUUACCACGCUGCCACCGGUACUUUACCCUUCACACCCUACAGAGGACCCCGCAAGAACAAGCCCACCAUGUAUAAGGUCACCACAGAGAAGCCGGUUGGGGCCAUUGCUGGAGCCCAGAGGGUUGACGACGGCCCUAUAGAGUGGAGUUACCGCCUGCCACAGAGCAGCCAGCUCUCAGUGGGUCUGAGUGGUCAACUGGUGCCAGUGUUAGCUGGGAUACUGGAGGCAGACCAGGAGAAGUGUUGGGCAUUUGGCCAGUUAUUUUUUGCCACCACAGAGAUACUACAGAGAGUCUCAGUCCAUCUGUUCUGCCUGCAACAGGCCGCAGCUCACCGCAUAUACAUUCACCACCACAACACGAUGCACCGGCUGAAGAAGGAGAGAGAUAGUGGUGAGAGAAUUUCCAUGCAACAACCGCAUCAUCAUUGAGUGUUCUGGAGCUGUUAUCUCUGCAACCAUGCUGGAGUCUGAUCGACCCAGACCCAUGGGACUGUGACCAUGCAACGACAGACAGACAGACAGACAGACAGACAGACAGACAGACAGACAGACAGACAGACAGACAGAGCUAUAGUAAGAGGUGGAUGUUUCUAACUCAGCUGCUUUGGAAGUCUCCGACCUUUGUUCUCUAAUCUUAAAGUAACAAUGCAAACUGAAGAAUUCCUAGUGAGAAACGAACAUAAUAAAUGUCGACAUCGACAGAUGCUCAUCCUACACAUUAGUAUGUGUAUACCAUGAAUAAACCCAUUCAUGUACCGGUGGACGUGUGAAAUCAUAUGAUCUGUGUAUGUUGUGAUUGCCCUACGUCACGAGGGAGGACAUCCAGUGAGUAACAUCAGCUGCCUUCAGACAUGCAGCACGAGGGGAUUAAAUACAAUGCAUUCGGAAAGUAUUCAGACCCCUUGACUUGUGCCACAUUUAGUUAUGAU